AUGGAAGCGGUGAAAGUAGUCAGACCUGUGCAGAGAAACAAGGAGCUGAAGCGGUGUUUGGCUGGAACCUGGCAGCUGUUUGAUCCACAUGGGGCUGUAGGGCCCAGACGUGCCUUCCCUCCAUCGUGUGGUGGGGAUGGGAAACGGCCCAGAGAACCAGUCUGGGCAGCUUUAGAAGAAGUAGAAGGAGAUGUGACAGAACUGGAACUGAAACUUGACAAGCUGGUGAAGCUUUGUAUUGCAAUGAUUGAUACUGGGAAAGCAUUCUGUACAGCCAACAAGCAGUUCAUGAAUGGAAUUCGAGACCUUGCACAAUAUUCCUGUAAAGAUGCAUUGGUUGAGGCCAGCUUGUCAAAGUUCUCUGAUACCUUACAGGAAAUGAUCAAUUAUCACAAUAUCCUCUUUGACCAAACCCAAAGAUCAAUUAAAGCACAGCUUCAGACUUUUGUUAAAGAAGAUAUUAGGAAAUUUAAAGAUGCAAAGAAACAGUUUGAAAAAGUUAGUGAAGAAAAAGAGAAUGCUCUAGUAAAAAACGCUCAAGUUCAAAGAAAUAAGCAACAUGAAGUAGAGGAAGCAACCAAUAUUUUGACUGCAACACGGAAAUGCUUUCGACACAUAGCUCUGGAUUAUGUUCUUCAGAUCAAUGUUCUUCAGUCUAAAAGGAGAUCAGAAAUCUUAAAAUCGAUGUUAUCAUUUAUGUAUGCCCAUCUGGCUUUUUUCCAUCAAGGCUAUGACCUUUUUAGUGAACUUGAGCCCUACAUGAAAGAUCUUGGUGCACAG